AAACAAUAAUUUAUAGUUUAUUUAAAACGACUUUUAUUUUGUGCUCUAACUUCGAGUCUCUCCGAGACUUCGUUGUGAGUUUCGGCUCUAUAAAUAGCAAAGUAAAUUUCCCAUACCGUCAGCAAGUCUCGCAUAGAAAAUCUCUGACAGAGAGUGAGUUUUCUUGACAGUUUCCUCUGCGUUGCAUCACAUAAAAGUACAUUUUUUCUCAUCACGAAAUACAUUUUGGUUAGAGAGUGAAAAUUUUCUUGGUGGAAAAUGCAUCUUUCCUAUAUGAGAAUUGCCAUUUAUGUGCUGACCUUUGUUACGUAUGUGUACUCGGGGUAUGGGUCGAAUGUAAUAGCAACUCUGAGGGAUGCAAUAAUUGCCGCUGAGGCUGUUUUUGGGGAUGUUUUCAAGAAUCUCAUUGUGGUAGCACGGAAAUUUAGGAGUGUUCAUGAAGUUUUCGACGCUGCCGUGGAGGAUAGUUGUAUAUAUCGAUGUCCAGGAGACGUUCCGGGUGUUCGAAAUAAAUUCUACACCCCCGCUGCCAAUGGAUGUGGAGCUUUGGGGAUGAAAAUCAGCACAGAAUACCUUCCGGCUGUUGAGAUGGAAAAGUGCUGUGAUGCUCAUGACCUUUGCUAUGAGACUUGCAAUGCUGACAAGGAACUCUGUGACAUUGAAUUCAAGCGAUGCCUCUACAAACAUUGCGAAACCUACGAAGCAGCCACCCUCGUUGGAGACUUGGCUGUUAAGGGUUGCAAAGCAGCCGCCAAGAUGCUCUUCUCCGGCACCGUAACACUCGGUUGUAAAUCCUACCUCGAUGCCCAGCAGAGGAGUUGCUAUUGCGCCGAACAGACGGACAACAAAUGGUCAAAGAAAAAGUAUUACAACUAAAUUAAAUUAAAAGAAUUAAAAAAAAACUCCACGAUGCUGCCUUAAUUCACCCCUUAAUCAAACCUUUAAGCCGACGUUUUUUUAUAUUUUUAAAUUACUCCACAACAUUACGAGGGGAAAAAAACUAAAUCCAAGAUCGGAUUGUGAUAGAGAGGAGAAAUUAUGAUAGUGCUAAAUUUUACUCUCUCGCACUUUUUUUUUCAAUGUUGCACACUGUGUAUGAAAAACCAAUAAAUUUUCUCGGAAAUGCGCUUUUUUUCUCGCAAAAACUAUAUAUUCGGAGAUAUUGGAGACAAAAAUUAAAUUAAAAAAUAUCUCUUUUAUAUCGUGAAUUCAGAGGAAAAAAAAUUGAAUGACAAUGUUGGAAAAAAAAUCCUUUGCAGUUUGCUUGCAAAGUUGAGGAAAAUUGAGAGAAAAAUUAAUUUUUUUGUAUGGAAAAAAUAAGAAAAUUCCUUAUUGAUAUUAUGUAAGUACCUAAUUAUUAUUUUUUAAUUUAAUUAUUUGGAUCAUUAUUUGUGUAUUUGUUAUGUACACCAAAAUUUAAUAAAAAAAAAUUAAAUGUAAUUAAAAAUACUUUUAGUUACCCACUUAGAAAAAAUCAUAGCUUACAAAAAAAAUUAUUAGAAUUUUCUUAUUUCCUUCAUUGUUAACGUAAGAAAUUGUUUUUAGGAUAAAACCGACUAUAUUUAAAUAUUUAAUAUCCUAUUUAUUUUAAAAAAUCUUCUUGAGAUAAGAUAGUCAAUUCCAUUAAAAAUCUUUUCUUUUCUUUUUUGCAAUUGUUCAGUUCUAAGAUUUUCUAUUUUCUAUGAAAAAUCUUUAAAGAUUUUGAUAGUUUGUUUCUUGAUUUUCGACAGAAUCGACCCCAAGAAUUCAUAUUUUCUUAGAAGAAUAGAAUAAGUCAAAGAUGCCAAAAGAAAUUAAUAUUUGAGCAAUUUCAGUAAAUCAAUCAUUCACAAUACUCCUUCACCCGGAAAGCCAACGAGUUUGGUGGAUUAAACCACGCGGAGGAUGGACGUUCACUGGGAACAUUAAAUAUGCCUAAAUGUUGUUGUUAUCAGUGAGGAAAUUCCCGCGUAUGGGGUGGGUUUUUGGUACAAGAUAAGGGUUGAAGCACCACGAGCAACAAAUGACCAACAAAUGAAGUGAAAUUCUCCAUAUCACAGAGCUUUUUUUUUCAACCAUUCAGUACGCAACUUUGGCAUAAUUCGCAAUGGGAAAAAUAAUUUAUUUCCCAAUUUUUUUGUGAAUGAUUUUUUUCGCGCAAUUUCAGCUUUUUGGCUAUGGCUGAUGGUAAAAUUUUCUGGUGUAAAAAUUAACUCUGAAAAGAAGGCUUUUCGUGCUUUUUCUUUGCAUGGAUUGUAGGGUUUGCAUGAAGUUGUGAGGGGGAUGGUUUUGGGGUUAACUGUACCACCCUUCAUUUUUUGAUUACAUAGCUCCCCAUACAUCAUUCCAGUGGAUGGAAUCGGCCAUCAGAUAGAAGUUUGUGCCACAAAAUAGCGCUUUUGCUAUCCUCCCAAACCACGCUUUUCCACCCUUAUACCGUACCCCCCUGGCAACUACCGCCCCUCACACUGAGGGUGAGAUUUCAAUCUCUCAGACUUGUGUGUGGGGUAAUAAUUAAGAGCCAUAGCAGAAGCAUGAUUUCCCUUCGCAAUCAGAAUUAUUCUUGCAUUAUCGAGAUUUUCAGACUUUUCCCUCAUUUUUUUUCUCGGGAAAAUCGUGCAUUAAUUUACUAUAUCAUUUAAUGUUUGAUUAGAGUAAAAAAAAAUGUUUUUCCAUCGGCCUAAUUUUACAAUUCAAAACGGCAAAAUGAUGUCAGAAUUUUUUAUCUCGAUUCCGUGUUAAGAAAAUAUAAAAAGCUGUAAACAGGCAUGGGGUCAGUAACAUUUAUAAUCUAAAUCAUCUUGAGAUCCACGCUUUGGUCAAUUUCGUGGCUUUUCUUUCGAGGAGAACAAACUCAAUUUUUGAUUCAUUUUGCGUUAUCUCCUCUUGCUUAUUUUUUGUGGUUUGAUGAAGAAAUUUGUGGCUCUCUGAUGGGGGGAAUAUGCUCCAUACAUUUUGGGUUUUUUCGUGGUGGUUAAAGUCUUGAAAGGCCGCCUGAAAUAUUUUAUCUCACUUGCAAUUAAGAUUAGGCAGAGAAAAAUGAUUUUUUAAGCCGACUCCAUCUUCUAUAAAUAUCAAGACGCCUUUUAUUCUUUCUCUUGUGCGUCUCUGUGAAAGAGAGGAGGAUCAUCUUCGUCUGAUUUCUGCGUGUGCUUUGCAUUACAUUGUACAGAGAGUGUAUAGAUACCAUACCUCUUGAGAAAUUGAUUUUUGAUAAAAAGCUUCACAAAUAAUGAUUUUUUAUGCUCCCUCUCUGACUCCUGAAAAUUCCAUUUCAAUAUACACACAGAGAGACACUUUUUUCCACCCUUUCAAUUUUAAAAGUUCAUUUUAAACAGUUUUAUUUUGUAGCAUUUUUGCUGCAUCGAGAAAAUCAUAAAAAAGCUUUUUUUUGUGAGCUUUUGCAUGCUCAGAAAAUAAAAUUACACAUCGUUGUGGGAUAAAAUCCAGGAAAAGUCAAUUUUAUUUCAAUCAAUAACACUCUCCAGGCUCUCAAUUUUAUUUUUUUUGCUGUACGUGUGUGCAUGCAACAUAAAAAAGCAUAGGUACGUACUAUAUAUAAUAUAAAUAAAAUGUAUUUAAAACUCUCACUGAGGGGGAACAAAGUCACGCGGGCCCAAAAGUGCAAUAAAUAAUAUCUAAUAAAAAAA